CACCCCUCGCGGGGUAUUACGUGCCGUCAGCCAGAUUCGCGCGUGCAAGGCCGCUCGGCGCGCUGGUGGCCAGCGCCCCUCGCAGCCAUGCACCUCGUAAACUCGGGCAAUGUUUGAAGUGAGGUACCAAAUGGGAAGAUUACUAAAAGGCUGCUUGAGGCUAUCUCCUAGAGAUAAGGCAACACGGCCGCUUUCUACUUUCCAGCUCCUUGAUACCGCUGGACCCUACUAAGGGCCGAGAUCUAAUUCAUCCACCAGCUAUCACCAUGGCGAAAUCAUAUGCAGAGGCGAUCAGGCUGCUUUCUACAUGUUCAAAAAUGCGAAACCCCCAUUCGACUCAAAAACCUCGGCCAAACAUUUUUUAUAUGGGAGAAUGGCUUCGGGUGUUAGGACAUGAUCUAGAAGGAUUCAACGUCAUCCACGUAACUGGGACAAAGGGUAAAGGAAGUACAUGCGCUUUUACAGAAUGUCUUUUGCGAACUCAUUUUCAGCGGAGGCAAAUCAGCACCAAAACCGGUCUCUAUACGUCGCCUCACCUACACACAGAACGCGAGCGUAUCCGAAUCAAUUUCCAACCUAUUACAGAAGAACUGUUUGCAAAAUACUUUUUCCAAGUUUGGGAAGCCCUACAGUGUGCGAAGAUCCUGUACCAGCCAGGUUAUUUGCAACUCCUUACGAUAUUGUCGAUACACGUCUUUCGAAAUGAAGGAGUUGGUGUUGCCAUCUACGAAGUUCACGCCGGUGGUCGAUACGAUGCAACCAACAUUUUUCAUAACCUUGUCGCGUGCGGCUUUACUAUUAUCGGUUUGGAUCAUAUUCCAUUGCUAGGCCAUACUCUAAAAGAUAUCGCAUGGCACAAAAGUGGGAUAAUGAAGCAUAAUACGCCUGCUUUUUCCGUUUUUCAGGAGCAGGAGGUCAGAGCUGUUCUCGAGAAUGAGGCAAAGAAAGUGGGAUCUCUUUUAUCAUUCAUAGAACCCUCCCAAAGAAGCAUGAAACGACUGGCGGCGGCUGAAUGCUCUAAUUUAUCAUUAGCUAUCAGCCUCGCAAAUGCUUACCUAGCGGGCGAAUGUUUGAAUGAUGGGGAUAUCGUUAAUUCUAUCAACCAGUACGAGUGGCCAGGCCGAUUUCAGCUUAUUGACCAUGGAAGCUACCGUUGGUACUUAGACAUGGCGCAUAACGAAACCAGCAUUCCAGUCGCGUUAGCCUGGUUCCGGGAAUUAGCACGAGAAUACGAAGCUGAAGCAGAGCUUCAUUAUUCUCGCGUCUUAAUUUUCGGGAAUCCAGUUAGCCGCGAUGCCGCCAAACUUAUGGACCUUAUCGUGGGAUUUUGCAAUGACCACAAUUUCUUUUUCGAUACGGCCAUUCUAACGGCUUACGAACGACGGGUUGACGGAGCCAAGAUUUUCGACCAGGAAACUGCCAUGUUACAUAAAGAGGCCUGGAAAUCUGCUUCUAAGCCACCAACUGUAGUGAUAAGUCCCUCUGUCAAAGAUACUCUCGCCUUGGCACGGCAUGGGAGUAUCCAAGCUUUAAUAACUGGCUCUUCUCAUCUUAUCUCAAAUGUCCACACUCAGUUACAUCAUGAGUAAUGAGUAGGCAAGACCUUUCAGUACCCUUGGUUGGACAGCCCAAAUGCCCUGAGUUUACGAAGAGUUAUUGUUACCGACUUGCAUUGGCCAGAUUCGCAAGAAAAAAAAAAGGGAUAUGUGGGAUUCGAACUGUAGCCUUUGAAAGAUUAAGAUUGUACCUACUCCUCCUAAAAAGAUACGUAUUUCGACACAAUAUCCCUCGUAAAC